AUGGAGGAUCAGCCACGCACGCCGGAGGUACCGGAGUUUGCUCCCCUGAGGCCGCACGACGACAUCGCCGCGCUGGAAGACCAACAGCACGAGCAGCACGAGCUGCAUGAGCAGUUGCGGCCGUCAUCUCGUCAGAGACGCUGCACCACGCCCACCACUCUAGGCCUGACCUAUUCGGCCUCGCCCAGCGCCAGUGCUACUCUGCUCUCUUCUUCAGAGACGCUCAAGCCUGCGAUCGAUCAACAGGUCGACUUCGACUACAUGAUCUCGCCGCCCUGGGCACCCUCGCCCGGUCCUGAUCGUCUGAGCAGCCUCAGCGAUUUCCCCUCGAGUGCCACGUCCCUUCGCAGCAGUCAGAACCCCAGCCACCUCAGCUUGGCCGCCUUUCUGCCCAAGAACGCGUCAGAGCCCCGUGACAAGAGCGUGCCGUCAGAGUCCAUCGUGCAGCUGCACCGUCGGGACGAUGCCGAGAUCUCCAAGGGCUGGAAGCGCAAGGUCGUCAAGUUCGCCCCGCUGCUCACCUUUUUUAGCAGCGCCGCGUACGUGGUCUACGUCACCUUCCGCAUCUACUGCGUCGUCUCGGCCCAGAACAAGAACCACCGCACCUAUGCACCCGCCUGGGUCUUCAUUGCCGUCGAGCUGGCCACUGCUAUCCCCUCUAUGAUCCACAAUAUCUGGACCAUGAUGGCCGUCAAGCGGAGACACCGCCCGAAGCUUCGGCUGACCGGCGAAGACGUCCCCACUGUCGACGUCUUCAUCACCUGCUGUGGCGAGGAUGAUGAGCUCGUCCUCGACACCGUUCGUGCUGCCUGCGACCUGGACUAUCCGCGUGACCGUUUCCGUGUUGUGCUUCUGGAUGACGGCAAGUCCGAGGGCCUCGAUAAGGGCUGCAACCAGCUUAACUCUCUGUACGGCAAUGUCUUUUACGUCUCCCGGCCCAAGUUCCCCGGCGUGCCGCAUCAUUUCAAGUCGGGCAACCUGAACUACGGCCUCGGGGCCGUCACUCAGUUCCCCGGAGGGCCUAGCGAGUAUAUUGCUGCCCUGGAUGCCGACAUGAUUCCAGAGAGGAUUUGGCUUCGGGCUAUCCUGCCCCAUCUGAUCAUCGACCCCAAGAUGGCCCUGGCCUGCCCGCCCCAGCUCUUCUACAACACCCCCCGGUCCGAUCCGCUUGCCCAGAACCUGGAUUUCUUUGUGCACGUGAUCGAGCCUAUCAAGGACUCUCUCGGCGUCGCCUGGUGUACAGGUUCUGGCUACGUCGUCCGUCGCGAGGCUAUUGACGAUGUCGGCCACUUCCCGCUUGGUUCCCUGGCCGAGGAUGUGGCCACGUCGACCCUGAUGCUUGGAAAGGGCUGGAAGACGGCUUUUAUUCACGAACCGCUCCAAUUCGGCACUGUCCCCGGCGACUACGGCAGCCACAUCAAGCAGCGGACUCGUUGGGCCAUCGGCACCGUCGACACCUCGUUCAAGCUCAACUUCUGUCUUUGGGGCGAGAAGGUCCGCUACAUGACCCUGCCGCAGCGCUUCUCCGGCUUCCUCUACUCUUUCCUUAGCUUGUACACCAUCCUCUUUAGCAUCUCGCUUUUUGCCAUCCCUAUCAUUCUGAUCAUGGGCAAGACCCUGAUCGCCUACGCGACUACGAACCAGCUCCGCUGGCUUAUGCGGCUCUGCUUCAUCCAGAUGAUCACUACCCGUGUCGACGAGCUGCUGGUCUUCUUGCCCGCCGGCUACCACAACGGCCAGCGCGGUUCGCGCUACCUGCUCUGGAUGGCCCCCUACAUCAGCGUCUGCCUCAUCCGCGCCUUCAUCUUGCCCAAGUGGCUUGGAGGCCAGGCCCAGGCUUUCAAGCCUACCGGCUCGCUCGGCUCUGCCCUCAACGAGCGCGAUGCCAAGCGCCGGCGCAACGUCUUCAUUCGCCUCUGGACCAUCUUGAUCAACUACAACGCCAUCUACCAUCUGGUCUUUGUCUACUUCACCUUGAUCGGCGUCACCUACAGCUCGUACCGCUGCAUCUCCGAGAACACCACCGUGCACAACACACUCAAAUGCCUGGUCACCCACGCCUUCUGGCCGCCCAUGACCUUCCUCUUUCUCUGCACGUCGCUCUGGACCCCUGUCGCCUACGCCAUCUUCCCGCCGUCCGAGCCCGACCGGGAGGAGCUCCUGGUCCGCGACCCCAAGACCAACGUUGCCCACCCGACCGAGCAGAGCAAGAAGACCGCCUUUGGUGGCCAGGCCGCCUGGUUCGAGCUCGAGUACACCAUCUCGACUGCCUACACAUGUCUGAUCUUUGGCUGCUCCUUCUUUUUAUAG